UAUAGAGCCAAAUAAGUCCUAAAGAAAUGGAAAACGAAAUUUUAUGUGGUGUGUGGAACACAGAGCACUGAGUCCUCUCUUUCACUCUCGCUACGACUACAGAAGAAAGCAAGAAGUCAGUCAUUGGGUACCCUGUCAAGUGUCAACCUUGUAGACAUGGCUUCCAUCAUUGCAAGCUUGCCUCCAUCAUUGUUGGCCAAUGAAAGAAAAUCCCUUUUCAGAGCUCUUCCUAAACUUCCAGUUUAUUCUGUUGGAGAGAGACAGAAUCGUGUUUCUUUUGUUGCUGUGAAGGCUACAGGGGAAAGCUCCGAGUCUUCAAGCUCUCUUAGCAUUGUCAAGUCUGUUCAAAGUGCCUGGGAUAAAUCUGAAGAUCGGCUGGCUUUUGUUGGGUUGGGAUUUGCAGCUGUAGUAGCCCUAUGGGCAUCAACGAAUCUGAUUACAGCUAUUGACAGGUUGCCAGUAAUCCCAGGCCUACUAGAACUCGUUGGCAUACUAUUCUCUUGGUGGUUUAUUUAUCGCUACCUCUUAUUCAAACCUGAUCGGGAAGAGCUUAUCCAAAUCAUCAACAAAGCAAUAUCAGAAAUCUUGGGCGGCCAGUGAGAGGUGCUUCUCAGUAAAUAAGCUGCAGUAAUCAGAUAGCGUAUUUGUGAGAAAAGGGGAUGUUUUCAGGGUGGGGAAGACAGGAAAAGGAGAGGAGUGAUGUCAUUGUAAAAUGGUGGCGCUCAAAACAUGACCACCGUUAUUAUUAGUUGUAAAGUUGCUAUUCGUUUAUGACGUGUACAUCCUAUGCUAUGCUUAUCAUUUUCAAUUGUAGCAGAAAAUGGCAUGCACUUUUAUACCA